AUGCUGAUUCUUCCAAUCCUCCACUAUCACCACUUGGCUCCCUUCUUCCUUCUCCUUACAUUUGUGGCCCGGGAUUGUGUACUCGCUCUUCCCGUUGGCAAUUAUUCUUCUACAUCACUUUAUCCUCGAGAAGCAAUCGGUCCAGCGCCAGACGAACUCAUUGUUGGUUAUCGAUACGUUUCCAAAGCGAAGGCUGAUGAAUACAACAAAGCAGGAACACUGACAGCUAUCCCCGCCACCACAAAAUCAAUUGGUGAAGGGGCAUAUCUUUCCCCUCGUCUGGGUGAAUUCCCUGGGAAGCUAGACGAAACCUAUUGGGAGUGCAUUAUAAUCGGGAAAAAAUCCAAGAUUCUUAACGUACAGACUCCAGAGCUUUUCGUCGACGACCCAGCAGCAAUCAGCGCACAGCCCGUAAAACUCCUUCUUUACGCCCACAAAAAAGGCUUUGAGAUUGGGAAGACGCUACUCUUUUCACGGCAUUUCGUGUUUCAAGGCACUUUACAGAUGCUCAUCCCGCCUAUGUUCCUCGUAAAGUCGCCAAGUAACCCCAGUAGGCCAGCUGGUGCAAAUAGCCUCGGGCUUCGCAUUCAUUGUACUCCAUUAGGUGGACUAGGAAAGAAUAGGCCAGCUGCCGACUGGUAUAGUUGGAAAAUCCAUAAUUGGCCUGCAAAUAUUACCAAGACGUAA